GGCUCCAGUUUCAAACACAGCGCCCAUCUUUAACACAACACAACCGGACAGUCUUCGUCCUGUGUCGAAUUCCCGCCGCUCAUACAUGACGUGAUGUCCUGCUAAUGAGGAGAGACCAACGAAGCACAAGAUGAUCGAAACAAUGGAUACCCAGCGGUGCCUGCAGGCAGUGGAGAGGCUACAGUCUCGCUUGAAGGAGAAGGGAGCAGAUGUUCCUGCGGAGGAGAAGCUGAAUCUUCUGAAAGCCGUCCUGCAGAGUCCUCUGUUCCUCCAGAUCCUCGCCCUGCAGAAAUCAGUGCAGCAUCUCAAGGAGCAAACUCCGUAUAUCAGCUCUGAUCUGAAGAGCAGCAAUGAAGGGUUCUCAGCUCAGCUCAAUGGACAGCCUUCACCUGAAGAGUACAAUCACAUCAUCCGCUGCAUGGCCCAGGGUCGGUACGUGACUCAAAUUGACCUACUGAAACCGGUAUCAGGCGGUUUGGGCUUCAGUGUUGUUGGACUGUGUAGUGAAAAUCGCGGAGAACUUGGCAUCUUCAUUCAGGAGAUUCAGCCUGGAAGUGUGGCAUACAGUGAUGGGAAACUGAAGGAGGGUGAUCAGAUACUGGCGAUUAAUGGUCAUCCGCUGGAUCAGAGCGUCAGUCAUCAGCAGGCCAUCGCUCUCCUGCAGCAAGCAUCAGAGCGGGUCAGCCUGAGCGUGGCCCGUGGGCCCGUACCGCAGCUCUCCAGCCCCGUGGUGUCCAGAACACCCAGCGCCGCCAGCACACUGUCUGCACACUCCAGCGCGACCCACUGGACUCAUGUGGAGACGAUUGAGCUGGUCAAUGAUGGAACCGGACUGGGUUUUGGGAUUGUUGGUGGUAAAAGCACUGGAGUUAUUGUUAAAACCAUUCUACCUGGAGGCAUCGCUGAUCAGGAUGGGCGUUUGCGAAGCGGCGAUCACGUCCUGCGCAUCGGGGAUACGGAUCUGUUGGGUCUGAGCAGUGAACAGGUCGCUCACGUCCUCAAGCAAUGUGGAAACAGAGUUCGACUGCUGAUCAGCCGCGGGACAGCAGACGAUGCACCGGCCGCUCCUGUUACUCUGCCCACCGUCAGUGAACAACAGGAUUUUGAGGAUGAGGAUGAGCAGGACGCUUUCGAUGUGAGCUUGAUGAAGAACGCUCAGGGUUUGGGCAUCACCAUCGCUGGAUAUGUAGGAGACAAAACCUCAGAGCCCUCUGGGAUAUUCGUGAAGAGCAUUUCGAGGGACAGCGCCGUGGAGCAGGACGGACGGGUUCAUGUUGGAGAUCAGAUCAUAGCUGUGGACGGUGUGAACAUCCAGGGUUACACUAACCAGCAGGCUGUGGAGGUUUUGAGACACACCGGUCAAACUGUAAACCUGAAACUGGUGCGCCGCGGCUUUAAACCAGAGGAUGCCUCUCCGUCAAUCAUCCCUGUCGCCGUGGAGACAGAACCCGCCCACAGCGCAUCCAGAAACUCAACAAUGGAGCGCAUGAACGCAAAACACGAAGAGCGAGUGUUUCUCCCUCCUGAGGAAAACAGCAGAGCUCAGUCCUCCUCCAUCAGAGCUCCAGAAAGUGUUGCGGGUCCUGUGAAGCUGAACGCCCAGGAGGAACACACACUUCAGCAGAGAUGGCAGAACUCAGCUCGGCGUCCCCGCUCUCAAGUCAUCGUGGCUCAGUGGGAGAAGUUCAGUGAGAGCAGUGGUUUAGGGAUCAGUCUGGAUGUUUGUGCUGGACCUUACCUGCGCUCAGUGCUUCCAGAGGGACCCGUCGGACGAUCUGAAAAAAUCUGCAGUGGAGACGAACUGCUGGAGGUUAAUGGUGUUCCCCUCAGAGGAGAGACUCAUAAAGAGGUUGUUGACAUUCAAGAACUUCCUGUUUGUGUGACCAUGGUCUGCUGUAGACCCGCCCCACUGAUGACUGACAGCCAGACUGACCAACCCCACCAGCUCGAGGACAUGCCCACAGAUGCCAUACCUCAGGAGCCGUUGGAGUUCGAGGAUGCGAUGGUUUGUGGUGAAUUAGCGGACGGUCUGAAGGGUCAUGUGACCGAAGAGCCCAGCGGGACGCCGUUAGCCAUGUGGGAGACGGAGAUCCAGGACAUCCAGCUGGAGAAAGGAGAGAGCGGCCUGGGAUUCAGCAUUCUGGAUUCUCAGGACCCGCUGGACCCUCUAAAGACAGUAAUAGUGAUCCGCUCAUUGGUUCCGGAUGGCGUGGCGGAGCGUGACGGUCGUCUGCUGCCCGGGGAUCGCCUGAUGUUCGUCAACAGCAUCGACCUGCAGAGCGGCAGUCGAGAGGCGGUGCAGGCACUGAAGGGGGCACCUAUGGGCAGCGUCCGCAUCGGGGUGGCCAAACCUCUGCUAGCUGACGGUUCCCUGUGUUCACAGACGGAGGAUGAGGAUGGCUCUUCCUCCAUGCUCACGGCUCUGCUGCUGACGGAGAUCUGUCAUGAUGAUGAUGAAGUUGUUUUCCGCGCUGAGCCUGCAGUGAUCGAUUCCAGUGAUUUAGAUCUGUCUGAUGAGAAAGUGUUUGAGCGCCACUUUCUGGAGGAGGAGGAGGAAAAUCUGCAAUCGAUGAUCGCUGAACACGGCAGUUUUUGCAGCGCUGAUCUGACCUAUCAGACGAGCAGACACACCUCCACAUUGCAGGAAGAGGAUUUUCUUCCAGAUCAGACAGCGGAUGAGAGCCAGCAGAUAAACGGCACUGCGGGCUUCCAGAGGACCAUCACUGUGGUCAAGGGCAAUGCAUCGAUUGGAAGGACGGUGUGUGCGCUGAAGGACGGUCCGGGGAUGUUGAUCCGCAGCAUCAUUCAUGGCGGCUCCAUCAGUCGGGACGGCCGGCUGCGUGUUGGGGAUCUGAUUCUGGCCAUUAAUGGAGAGCUGACGGGGAAUCUGACCAACGCACAGGCCAGAGCCAUGCUGCGCAGACACUCUCUGAUCGCACCGGACAUGGGUAGUAAUGGUGCAGCAGGUGAAGAGCUCAGCCUCAUCUCUGUGAUCACGUAUGUUCCUGCAGAAUAUUUAGAGGAAUACCGAGCAAGCGUGCAGCACCAAAGCGACGAUAUCUCUGAUGGAAAAAGCCGCUCUCAACUUCAAACAGUGUCAGAUCUUCCAGAGAGGGAGGAUGGAGAAGGUCAGGAGAGCGAACGACAAACCAACAACUGGAAUCUGCCUCGCAGAGUUGAGCUGCUCAAAGAAGCUGGGAAAUCUCUAGGCAUCAGUAUUGUUGGUGGGCGGGGCAUGGGCUGUCGCCUUAGCAACGGGGAAGUGAUGCGGGGCAUCUUCAUUAAACACAUCUUGGAGGACAGUCCAGCAGGACGCAACGGCACUCUGAAGACCGGAGACAGGAUUGUAGAGGUGGGAGGAGUGGAUCUGCGUGAUGCCAGUCAUGAGCAGGCGGUGGAGGCCAUCCGUAACGCUGCAAACCCGGUGGUGUUCUUGGUCCAGAGCAUCAUUCACAAAGACAGAAAACCUCCCGUAUCCUUCCUUCAGCUGAAGCAAAACCUCCGUCCUUCCCCUGAAUCCUGCUUUACGUACAAACCGCCACAGACAUCGGUUCUGGAUCCAGUGGAGGAGAUUUCAGCGUUCAGCUCAAACAACGGCAGUGAGAAGCUGAAUCGUGAGGAGUGUAAAGUCUCGGCCCUGUCUCUGCCGGUGGUCCCUCAUGUUGGAGAAACAGACUCAGACACGCUGACGGAGAUUCCUGACCGACUGGAUCUUCAUCACGAUGAGGAAGAGGAGGAUGAGUACGGAUACAGCUGGAAGAAGGUCAGCGAGCGCUAUGGUCGUCUGCCGGGUGAGCUCCACAUGCUGCAGCUGGAGAAAGGUCGAGCAGGUUUGGGUUUGAGUCUGGCUGGCAACCGCGAUCGCUCUCGAAUGAGUGUGUUUGUAGUCGGCAUUGAUCCCAGCGGCGCCGCCGGACGAGACGGACAAAUCCUGGUGGGAGAUGAACUGCUGGAGAUUAACGGUCAGGUUCUGUACGGUCGCAGUCAUCAGAACGCCUCCGCCAUCAUUAAAAGCGCCCCUUCAAAGGUCAAGAUCAUCUUCAUCCGAAAUGGAGAUGCUUUGAGUCAGAUGGCUGUCGGCCCAAUGAAAGACACGGACUCGCCAGACACACACAUAGAGACAGAGUCUGUCAGUUCAACACUGGACCUGAUCCAGCACAUCAGUCUGCCGGUGGAGGAUGGAGGAGUCGGGAUGGAGGAGGACAGCAGGAGCGGAGGCAGCAUUCACAGUGUAGAGGAGAACGGAGCUGCUGGAUGGAAAGAACCUCAGAGCUCAUUCAAUCUCACCGUCUGCACUGACUCCGCCCCCCAGCCCUCCUCGUCCAAUCAGAUGCCAUCAGGAGGAUCAGAGCCAGCGCUCAACCUGCUGUCGCUCCCGCUGACAUCAUCAGAACCAGAGCCAAUCAGGAACUCCAGCAGAUGCUCCACACCGGCAACACUGGUGUCUGAUCCGACCACGUGUCCCAUCAUCCCCGGCUGUGAGACCACCAUAGAGAUCUGCAAGGGCAGAACAGGACUGGGUCUGAGUAUAGUUGGUGGCUGCGAUACUUUACUGGGCACUAUAAUCAUUCAUGAAGUGUACGAGGAAGGAGCUGCGUCUAAAGACGGCCGACUGUGGGCAGGAGAUCAGAUUCUGGAGGUGAAUGGCAUAGACCUGCGUGUGGCAACUCAUGAUGAAGCCAUAAAUGUCCUCCGUCAGACUCCGCAGCGCGUCCGGCUCUCCGUCUUCAGAGACGAGGCUCAGUAUAAAGAAGAAGAGCUGUGGGACUCGCUGAGCGUCGAGCUGCAGAAAAAACCUGGACACGGACUUGGACUCAGCAUCAUCGGUAGAAGGAGCGACACCGGUGUGUUUGUGUCUGAUAUAGUGAAGGGUGGAGUGGUGGAGCAGGACGGUCGGCUCAUGCAGGGAGAUCAGAUCCUCUCAGUCAAUGGGGAAGAUGUUCGUUCGGCCACGCAGGAGUCUGUGGCAUCUCUGCUGAAGAGUUCUGCUGGUCCAAUCCGGUUGGAGAUCGGUCGCUUUAAGGCGGGGCCUUUUCACUCAGAGCGCCGUCUGUCUCAGAGCAGUCAGAUGAGUGAUACAGGCAGUGGUAAAGUCCCUCUUCACUCAGACUCAGCAGUUUCGCCAGGAGAAACAGACAAAACACAUGAAUUGCUGGAUAAAGACGUCCGCACGGUCGAGUUCACAAAGGCUCCGUCAGACUCUCUAGGCAUCAGUAUAGCUGGUGGUGUUGGCAGUCCUCUGGGUGACGUGCCUAUCUUCAUCGCCAUGAUGAACCCCAGCGGCCUCGCAGCGCACACACACAAACUCUGGAUUGGAGACAGGAUUGUGUCCAUCUGUGGAAACUCAACAGAAGGAAUGAGUCACAAUAAAGCCGUUUCACUGCUGAAGAACACAACCGGCCUCAUACAACUACAGGUUGUUGCUGGAGAUACAUCAGUAACGGGACCUUCAGCAGAGCAGACCGCAGGACUCGCAGCCAGCAGCAUCUUCCAUGAUGACCUGGGUCCUCCGCAGUGUAAAAGCAUCAGUCUGGAGCGCGGGCCCGAUGGACUGGGCUUCAGUAUUGUUGGAGGAUUCGGCAGCCCGCAUGGUGACCUUCCCAUCUACGUCAAAACCGUCUUCAGCAAGGGAGCAGCAUCAGAAGAUGGGCGUCUGAAGCGUGGAGAUCAGAUCAUCGCUGUGAACACUCAGAGUCUGGAGGGAGUCACUCAUGAAGAGGCCGUUUCUAUUCUCAAGAAGACCAAAGGCACCGUCACACUCACUGUGCUCUCAUAAACACCCACAAACACAUCUGUAGUGUUGAUUUAAACACUGGAUUACACACACACACACACACACACACACACACACAAUGAAUGGUGAGGCUGAUGCUGUUGUUUACUGCUAGUUUGUGGAGGCUCUAGACAUGCUUCUGUGUUUUAAAUUGCUGGAAAUGCACGUUCAGUUAUGUUUGUUUCUUAACCACGUUCUUGAGGAGCAUCGGCUCUGCACAUUUUCCAGGGUGUGACAGACCAAGGAGACAUCCAAAACAUGCAGUGCUGGUUGUCCUCCAGGAACGUGGUUGAGAAACACUGGUUUAAUCAAUGAUGAAUGUACAUCAUUUCUGUCAUCCUUAAAACAGUAUUACCACAACAUGUACAGAUUUCCAAUUCAAUUCCUUAUAUGAGAACUAUUCACCAACGUUCAAUAAAUAAGUAGCUAAUAGACAUCCAAAUAUAGAUAUUUUGGUGGAUAUGAAUAGUUAGUUUUUUGAGUUUUAGAGACGUCAAAUAGACAUCAAAAUAUAGAUGUUUUGGCUAAUCAAGUAAACUAAAUUACAGCAGUUAUUGAACAUCUAAUAGAUGUCUACAAACAGUCCAAAAAUAGACUACUCACCAAAUGCAUCUAUUUAUUGACUAGUCUAUAUUUGGACUAUUGUUAGACGUCUAUUAGAUGUUCACCAACUGCCCUAAUUUAGCCUUGAUUAGCCAAAACAUCUAUAUUUGGAUGCCUACUUGACCCCUUUAAAACUCAAAAUCAUGCUUGCUGGGACUGGCUAACUACUUAUUUAUUCCUAAAAUUUGGUGGAUAUAAGUAGUUUUUGAGUUUUAAAGACGUCUAAUAAACAUCCAAAUAUAGAUGUUUUGGCUAAUUAAGGCUAAAUUAGGACUGUAGGUGAAAAUUAAAAAUAAUGCAAAACUAGACUAUUCAAGAAAUGCAUCUUUAUUGACUUGUCUGUAUUUGGAAUAUUGUUAGAUGACUAUUUGAUGUUCACUGACAGCGCUCGAUUAGCCAAAUCAUCUAUAUUUGGAUGUCUAUUAGACCUUUUUAUAACUAAAAAAUGCUUGCUGGGACUGGCUAACUACUUAUUUAUUCUUAAAAUUUGGUUGAUAGAUGUAGUUAGCCAUUUUUUGACUUUUAAAGACAUCUAACAGACAUCCAAAUAAAACAUUUUGGCUAAUCAAGGCUGUACGUGAACGUCAAAUAGACAUCUAACAAUAGUCCAAAAAUAGACUAGUCAUCAAAAGCAUGUACUUAAUAACUGGUGUUUUUUUGAUGUAUAGUUAGACGUCUAUCAGAUGUUCACUGACAGCCCUAAUUUAAUCUUGAUUAGCCAAAACAUCUUAUUUG